GACCUUUUUUCAUUCGAGAUAGUAACAUUGCGUUUCGAUCAUUGAAUCCCCGCAUCACUGGAAGUUGCCACAUUAUUACACGGCUUCAACGUUCACGGCAACUUGCAGCGUCCCCCCAACUUUUACUCAUGGAUCUCAGAUUCGCACGACUCUCGAUCCAAGCAAGGUCUAUUGAGAAGGACUUUGAGACCCUUCACAAACUUCCUCCCGCGAUGCUCAUAAACGGAGAAAAGUUUGCUUGCGAGGCUUGCGUCAAAGGCCAUCGUGUUAGUUCCUGCGACCAUCAAGGUUCUAUUGCAAAUCUCUUCACACAGUCUCUAUAGCUGACGAAUAGGUCAACAGCUCAGCCCCUAGUUCAUGUCAACAAGAAAGGCCGCCCAGUCUCCCAAUGCCAGCACUGCCGACGCAUGCGCAAAACUCGAUCCCAACAUAUCCAUUGUGAGUGUCAUCAGAAAGGUCAUAUAGAGGAAGAUUGUCCUGAUAAUAAGCCUGAUGGCGAGCAUAUCCCCCAUACAUGCUGCUGCCAACACAUCUCAAAAUGCACCUGUUCUCUCAAGAAAGAGCAUCUUGAGUCCGUUCUAGAAGACUCCCUGUCGUUAAUACCGCCAAAAGAGCAAAUCAGACCACGCCCUACAAAUAUGAACUCAUGCCAGAGCAAAGCAACAUUCUAUACCAAUAAUCACCAUUUCGCCUUGCUUGGAGCGACGAACGAUCCCGCAAAGGACCUCAGCACUCUAGCAGUCAACCCCAGCAACUAUCCAUACUCUCUCACCAAUUCUACUUCAUCGUCGAAUAGCCAGCAAGAUAUGUCAGUCCCAGAACAAUCACCUGAUAGUUGGUUCAUGUCGUACGAGCAAGCCCAUCAAUACAGGUGGCUUCCGGUCGAUUUGUCGCGAUACGAUUUCGACUCCGCUGAGAAUCUUCAGGAUUCGAGCUUGAACAACAGCAACUACAUCGCCAGCGAUCCUCCGUCCUACGAAGCUUUCGAGCAGUUCGACCUUUUAAACCCUGGGUUCACAUAUCCGAGCGGAGGUAUAUCGGUGGCGGAAGAUUAUGCGCUGGUCGAUAGCCUGCAAAAUGACACGAGCAGUCAAGAUGGUGGUUGGAUGUAAUCACUAUCGCUUGAGCUCAUUAUAGCCUCCACAAUCCAAUUGGGACGAAAUUCAAACUUGAUA